AUGUCGUCCCAAAAAGUCAUGCCAACGCCUCACCUGAGGAUCAUCUACGCGCAGAUGUUCUUUGUGAGAACCAGAUCAAAACUCCCACCUGAAGAUCCGAUUUUAGACGACGUUCACCUUCGUCGUCGGCUCCAAAGUGCUUCUGAUGCACUCGGUGACGGUUUCGACGUGGCUUCCGACGGUCCUUCUGCUCGUGGACGCCUUCUUGGCCCUUGCAUCUGUCCUCUAUCUGAAUGUUUGUCGUUCAGCUUCACGCCGUUCCAUUUGACUAUGAGAUGAAUUUUCAGAACAACAAACGCAAGUCAUACGUUCGGCUUUCUUUGACCCUCGUCUGCAUCGUGAGUCUUGAACAUCCUAUAAAAAUUUCGGAAGAAGUUAGUUAGUAAGAUGUAUAGGGCUUCAUCUAAUCAGAAUAUAAGCCCACUCUCUAUCUACACUUUCACCAAACUCAUACCCCUUUCACUUGAAAUAUACUGAUGUGUCUUCCGUUCACUUUUCUUCGAAAUAUCUCGUGUGAGAAGGCUAUUUUCUUCAUUUUACAACCACGUCAGUUAGAGAAAUGAGAGCGCAGACAAGCCAUACUCUUUCGAGUCAUGGCGAACGAUGUAGGCCGAACGUUUUGAAGUUCUGGCGAGUUCUAAGACAUCAGUUGACCUUGUCCACUUGAAGUCCAACAACUGAGACCGGAAGAACCAGCGGAUUUCCAGAGAGUCUCCUGCGUGGCUGUGCUAAUCGUCGACCUCGUUUUGCCGCACGCGCUGCCCCUCGCCUCCGUCGCCGUCGCAACUGGUUUGCCGUCUUUCCGUUUUCAGGGUCGUCCUACCAGAAAUUUCCAUUGUCCACAUGUAGAAAGUGUGACAAUGGCAUUGCGAGAGAUGAAAUGCCAUUAAAGAGCUUGAUAUUUACACUUUUUCAUGAAUUUUUCUGGUUUGAGUUUUUUUUUCCUGAUCAUCAAAAUGAACUGAGUCGAUUACAGUAGCCCUGGCUCACACGGUGUUCUCCCUUCUCGCCGCUUCUUGCGUUCACCGGAGCAAAAGCAGAACGAUCGCCGUCUUCGCCCUCGAGCCUUUGGAUAGGACUCCGGCGGAACUCGCCUACAGUCGGGACACACUCGUCACCAACGUCGAGGUCGAUGAGCUCUUCGCUUGA